CGGUAAUUGAUCAUUUACUUUCAUCCAUCAUAAAAUAUAUAUUUUUUAACUCGGUUAUCCAGUUUGUUGAACGUCUGCGACAUAUUUCACAGGAACGGAGGCGGAGGACAAUUUGAAGGGUGUAUCAUUUGCGUAACGUACAGAGAACUUUGACCGGGCGUGCGAGAGUAGACCUACUGAAGCGGGGCAAAUUAGAAGAAAACGCAGUGCGCUGUGAAUGCCACAUUUUACAAGCCAUGUCCCAAGACUAUGAUUGUAUAGUGAUAGGAGCCGGUGUUCAUGGCUCUUUCACUGCUUAUAACCUUGCAAAAAAGAACAAGAAAACAAUUCUACUUGAACAGUUUGUCCUUCCCCACUCUCGUGGCAGCUCACAUGGCCAGACACGCGUCAUCCGCAAGGCCUAUGACCGAGACUACUACACACAGAUGAUGGAAGAAUGCUAUCAGCUCUGGUCUCAACUGGAGAAAGAGGCCAACGUCAAGCUAUACAGACGUACAGGUCUUCUAGUGAUGGGUCCGGAGCGGGGGCUAGCUUACCCUGCUAUCAAGUCCACGCUCGAGAGGAACAAGCUUCCCAUAGUGACCCUGCAGAGGGAGGAGUUCAGCCAACACAUCCCUAAUGUAAACCUGUCCCAAGGACACGGAGCCCUGGUGGACAUGACCGCUGGGGUGUUGUACGCUGACCGCACACUCAGGACUGUUCAGGAACAGUUCCAGAAGCUGGGAGGCGUGAUCCAGGAUGGACUGAAGGUGAUGACAUCACGUUGAGUGUACAGAGCAAAGAGCUUGGUGAUCAGAGCUGGACCCUGGGCCAACACCCUGCUGUCCCACACAGGGCUACAGCUACCACUGCAGGUGUUAAAGAUUAAUGUAUGCUACUGGAAGGAAAAGGUCCCUGGCUUCUACAACGUCCAGAACCGCUUCCCCUGCUUCAUCCAGCUGGAGUCAGAGGAGGCCAAGCAUGACAUCUACGGCCUCCCUUCCAAUGAGUACCCAGGCCUGAUGAAGAUUUGCUACCACUCAGGCCCUGAGACAGACCCUGACGAGAGGGACAGACAGACGGACAGGGGGGAUAUCGACAUCCUGCAGCGCUACAUCACCAGCUGCUUCCCUGGCCUGGUUCCCAUCCCUGCCAUAGUGGAGAGCUGCAUGUACACAGUGACUCCGGACAGCCAUUUUGUCCUGGACCACCAUCCCACCCACCCUAACAUCGUCAUCGGAGCAGGCUUCUCAGGUCACGGUUUCAAGUUUGGCCCAAUCGUGGGAAAGCUGCUGUGUGAACUGAGCCAGGGAGAGGUUCCCUCCUACGACCUCUCCCCCUUCAGAAUCCGACGCUUCCAAGCCCUCUCCAAAUCUGCACUGUAG